AUUAUAUCUGCUGCUGCUGCUGAUGCUGCUGCCGCACACAUGUCACACACAGCGCUCCAAUAGGAAGCAGCCCGUCGUCUCCAGCAUCUGCUGUUUGACUCUCAACACACACGUACUCAGUUCCCGGAGAUGGACACACACUCCUCCAAAAUGAAUCCUCGAGGGGAAAAGCCCAAGUCGAAAAUCACGGCUUCUCGCAAGCUCUCGCUGAAGAUGCUUCUUCUCACUAGAGCCUGCGAGGAUUUGGAAAAAGAGAGACAAGAUAGGGAGGAGGAGAAAGAUCGAUAUAUCGGAGAGAAGCUGCCUCCUCUACAACUGCAUGGACUGUCACUGGAUGACCUGAAAGCUCUGUGCAGGCAGCUCCACGAAAAGAUUGAUAUUGUGGACGAGGAGAGAUAUGACUGUGAAUACAAAGUUGGCAAGCAUAACAAAGACAUCCACGAGCUGAAGUUGAAAGUGCAGGAUCUGGGAGGCAAGUUCAAAAAGCCGGCUCUGAGGAAGGUGAGGGUGUCUGCAGACGAGAUGAUGAGAGCCCUGCUGGGCUCCAAACACAAGGGCUCCAUGGACCUCCGAGCUAACCUCAAGUCUGUGAAGAAGGAGGACGUCAAACAGGACAAGGUGCUUACGUCUGAAGUGGGCGACUGGCGUAAGAAUGUGGAGGCCAUGUCUGGUAUGGAGGGUCGCAAGAAGAUGUUCGACACAGGCGGUGCCGGGCAGUGAGACAGUGAGCGACUGAGAGAGCUGAUCAAUCAGGGAGAAAAGAAUACAAACAACAUCAAAGUAAAAGUGCUAUUUUAAUUAUAAGGGCUUAAAAUUCUCAGCGACAUCCGGUGUGCCUCGUUUUAGAAGAAGUUCCUUGUAGGACGUCUUUAUUGUUUAAAAAUCACAGAGCGUACAAUCCAGACAGAUCUUUUUUUUGUUUUGUUCUAACAUCC